AUGAUGUCCGCCUAUUGUGCGACUGCACUGGACGAUGUUGAUACAAUUGAGUUGGAAUAUGUUGACGCUAUUUUAAUAUCACAUUCCCAGAGCCUCAUUACGUUGCCCUAUUUGACUGAUGUGAAAAAAUACUUUGGAAAGGUGCUUGCCCCUGCUCCCUUGGUACAAUUUGGAAAAGUCCUUAUUGAUGAUUUAUUUGCUCACUCUGAGUUCAUAUCGUCAAACGUGAUGGAUUCUGUUGAGAAGCGAAUACACGAUAGUUCGCGUUGGUUGCCACGUUAUACUAAAGAACAGGCUUCCAGCGCUAUGUCAAAGGUCCAAGCUCUUGCCUACAAUCAAUACGUGGACUUUUUUGGUCUUGUGAAAGUCAAGUGUGCAUCUGCUGGUUACGAAAUCGGAAGUUGCAACUGGAUUAUGAAAACAGAUUAUGAGAAGAUUGCUUACAUUUCUCGUUCAUCUCUCUAUCCAUCAUUUGCAUUGCCUCUGGACUUUUCCGAUUUUCGAGAUGUCGAUGUACUUAUAGUUGGAGCAGUAAACACUUCCAAUUCUCUUCCCUUUGAUGUUGCUCUUCAGCGUUUUAAAACUAUUACAGUCAUUGUUUUAGUGCAGACAUUGGCUCGCGGUGGACACGUCUUGAUCCCAACAAUGCCCUCUGGACUUAUCUAUAAUCUUCUUGAAGCUGUUGAGGCAGCCAAGAGUGAGUUUGAUGGUAAGAUAAUUGAGGCAUUUGAUCAGCCGGUUUGUGGUGAUGAUGAUUGUGUCAAGUCCUCAAGAGGGACAUCGACGACAUCCACUCAUAUCGGAGGCACUUCAUUGAUUGGGAGGGUUGGCGAAUCUCCCUCAUACUUUAUCUCUGCAGCAGCAAAGGCCAGUUUGGUUUAUGUCAAUGCAUUUGUCGAGUGGUUGGUCUCUGAGAAGCAGAUUAAAACCUCCGAUCCUCGUUUGCCCUUCUCUUUUGAUGAACGUAUUAAUAAAGAUAGGCUGAUGGUGCUGAAUUCUCUCCACUCCUCUCCUAAUGUUUGGGCCUCAAAUCCCAUCGUUCUCUUCUCUGGCCAUCCCUCCUGCCGAGUUGGAAGUGCAGUGCAUCUCAUUCGAGCUCUCUCCCUCGGAGUGGGCAGACAACGACCCCAGUCAGGUCAGGCUCAAAUUCAACAGUGGUUCAAUCUCAAUGCUCUCAUUCUCGUUCAGUCAGAUGAAUUUUGGUACGUUUUGCCCCCUUUAUGUAAUUGUUAUUACCUGAAAAAUAAGAUUAAUCGUUUCAAAAAUUAUAUUGAAUUAACUUUAUCAUUUUCCAAGUAUAAGGAUGAACAUGAGUGUUUGAAAAGUCUCCUUCAACCGUUGGGAAACUUCGGUGAGUUCACAAGCACCAAUGACACAAUUCUCGGGGUUCCUGUGUGCCGAUUGGGAGUCGGUUUGACAGCCUAUUGGCUGCCCCUGCGCUUUGAUAUCUCUAUAGAUCAACUUCCAACGUUAUUGAAGAAGUGUGGUGCCCCUAAACAGGCCCUCAUACUACCCAGCGAGGUUAUCAGUAGGGCUACUUCCCCACUACCUCCGGAAUACUUGGGUAUUGACUGUGGUCAAUCCCUUAAUGUCAAGCUGCUAACACCCGAAUUUCUGCAUGUACAUGUUAACAUGGAGAUUGUAAAUCCAAAAUAUAUUGUUAAUUUCACAGCAAACUCUUUCCCUGAUGGUGUUGACAACGAAAAAGACCCUCGAAAGGUCUCUCGUUCAAGUGGCAAUGUACCAAGCAAGCCCUCUGUGAGUCUGAUUCAAGGAAGACUCUUUUUCCGAGAUGGAAAGUACCGCCUGGAACCACUAAAAAGGGAAAUAACGGGAAACGGAGGUCGCUCAAGUAGUAGAUCACCUCAGACUCCACCAAAACGAUCGGCCAGCCCAUCUCUUAAAUUCGCCUUGAAAUUGGGAGCCCAUCGUUUGCUUUUAGCUCCCAAAGAGGCCAUCUCACCCUUGAGAGAAUUCGCCAAUCGAGUGGUGAAACAGUUGACUGUUUUCGGGGUAACUGGAGCCCAAGUUAUUGCUCAAAAUGGGACCAACUGCAGCGCUGCCAAUAUGGAACUGAUGAAAAGCUUUGCUGAUAGGUAUCGACGUUUAAACAAACGUCUUUCUGUUUGUUCAAUGCCCACGUUGGAGGAGAACGUUGAUACAAUUCUUAUUGUCUUUCCGAAUUCAACAACUUCUAUUCUUUUGACGGAGAAGGGGACGUUUAUCACUUGCACGGAUGAAGGGACGAGAGUGGCCAUUAGAAGUGCCAUCUUAGCCUCGUCUCCCAAGAUGGUUACGUUGCCUUGUGAUAAUCAGCUCGAGGCCAUAUUGGAGCGUGAACACGAGAUGUUGGAGCAGGCGCGUCAGCAGUUGAUGCACGAUCGUCAGGCAUUCCACAUGGAAGUGAUUAAAACCAUGGAAAGUCAGGCUCGUGUUUUAGUGCAACAACAACAACAGCCUCAGACCCCUCAGGCCAUUCAAACCGCUCCUCCCCCGCCACCAAAUGUCUCUCUCCAACAGAUCCGUUCUCAAGCCUCUCUUCAGCAACAACAAUUUCGUGCUCCACCGUACAUACAACAGCAGUCAGGUGGACCACCUCAACUGCGUCCAGCCCCUUCCACCAUGAUGAUAAGUUCUGGCGGAGGUCUUCCUAGACCCCCGGAACUUGCCCCUAUGAUGUCUCAGCAAGCACCACUUCCACCAACAAAUACUGGCAUGCCACCCAUGACUGGUCCACCUAAAUUGGCCCCUUCUGUUAAUGCGACAAAAAUGGCAGAUGGAGAUGAAAGUGGUGAGAAAGAGUCUGUUGGUCAAGAGGAAAUUAAAAAGCCCAUUGAACAGCAGGAAGCGGUUGCUAGGCCGCAAGGCCCUGCAGAGAUUAUUGCACAACAGCCUAGUGCAAGUACUUCAGACCAACAGGUCGGAGAGGAGACUAUUACUGAGGUGCAAAAAGUAGGCCAGGUUGAGGAGCAGGAUAACGGAGAUGGUGAUGAGGGUGAGGAUGCUGAAGGAAUGGAAGAAGAUGAUGACGAUGAUGAUGAGUCAUGA